AUGGCGAACCAGGACGUGGUGCUCCGCCCGGACAUGGACGGCAUAGCGGCGGCCGCGGCCAUGCCGGGCUCCUCCAACCGCGCGAUCUUCGCGUGCCGCGGCGCCGCGUCGACCUCCCUGCGGCGCCGCUCCGCCGUCGACGACGAGUUCCGCGCCGGGUCACCCUGCGCCACAAGCUGGGUCUUCCAGGCCAUGCGGGCGUCUUCCCCGCCUCGCUCCCCAGCCGUCGACGAGUACGCCGCGUGGACUAGGAAGCACCCGUCGGCUCUGGCUAGCUUCGAGCAGAUCGCGGCCGCCGCCAAGGGGAAGCAGGUGGUCGUGUUCCUGGACUACGACGGCACGCUCUCGCCCAUCGUCGCCGACCCCGACACAGCGUUCAUCAGCGGCGAGAUGCGGGAGGCGGUGCGCGGCGUUGCGCAGCACUUCCCGGCGGCGAUCGUCACCGGCCGGUGCGUGGAGAAGGUGUGCAACUUCGUGGGCCUCUCGGAGCUCUACUACGCGGGCAGCCACGGCAUGGACAUCAAGGGCCCAGGCUCCAACGCGGAGGAGGUGCUCCUGCAACCUGCUCGCGAGUUCCUCCCGGUCAUCGCCGAGGUCUACGAGGCUCUGGUGGAGAAGACCAAGACCACGCCGGGGGCCAGGGUGGAGAACAACAAGUUCUGCCUGUCCGUGCACUUCCGAUGCGUAGAUGAAAAGAGAUGGAGUCCAUUGGCCGAGCAAGUCAAGGAGGUGCUCCGGGACUACCCCGAUCUCAGGCUCAACGAAGGCAGAAAGGUCCUGGAGAUCCGGCCGUCCAUCAUGUGGGACAAGGGCAAGGCCGUGGAGUUCUUGCUCCAAUCUCUGGGAUUCGACGGACGCAGCGACGUCCUGCCGCUGUACCUCGGGGACGACCGCACUGACGAGGAUGCUUUCAAGAUGCUGAGAAAGAGAGGUCAUGGCCUGGGCAUCCUUGUCUCCAAGUGCCCUAGGGAGACCGACGCCUCCUACUCUCUUCAGGACCCCACUGAGGUUAUGGAGUUCCUUCACCGCUUGGUGCAGUGGAAGCGCCGGCGAUCAUCAUCGUCGUCAUCGUCAGCGAUGCGCGCAAGAGUGUAG